UUGGUCAUUUUUGUUUUUGUCUUUGAAGAAGGAGAAUCAUGCAUCAGUUCUGAAAUUAUCAUGAAUCACAGAACUGUGUGGCGCGAAGCGAGUUGGUUAUUUUGGUCCGACACAAUUUUACAUUGCUCUGAAAUUGAUUGCUGCAGCACAGUCUGGCCUCCCUGUGCGAAUAGACAGUAUUCAGUGUGAAUUGCCUCUGCCUCGUUUUAUGAUGUCAAAGAAUGAUGGUGAGAUCCGAUUUGGGAACCCAACUGAGCUUCAUGGAACGAAGGUUCAGAUUCCAUAUUUAACCGCGGAAAAACUUUCCUUCAAAAGAAUGGACGAUGAGGAGAAACAGCAGGAAACACAGUCUCCCACGAUGUCACCUCUUGCCUCCCCUCCUUCUUCCCCGCCUCAUUACCAGAGGGUGCCCUUGAGCCAUGGCUACAGCAAACUGCGGAGCAGCACUGAACAGAUGCAUCCAGCUCCCUAUGAAGCUAGGCAGCCCCUUGUCCAACCUGAGGGAUCAUCAUCAGGGGUUCCAGGAACCAAACCUCUUCGGCAUCAGGCUUCUCUUAUCAGGUCUUUUUCAGUGGAGAGGGAACUACAGGACAACAGUAAUUACCCGGAUGAACCCUGGAGAAUAACAGAAGAACAGCGGGAAUACUAUGUCAAUCAGUUCCGGUCGCUUCAGCCGGAUCCAAGUUCCUUCAUUUCAGGAUCUGUGGCCAAGAACUUCUUCACCAAAUCAAAGCUUUCCAUUCCAGAACUCUCUUAUAUAUGGGAACUUAGCGAUGCUGACUGUGAUGGAGCCCUGACUCUGCCUGAGUUCUGUGCUGCAUUUCAUCUCAUUGUGGCUCGGAAGAACGGCUACCCACUGCCUGAGGGCCUGCCUCCAACUUUGCAGCCAGAAUACCUGCAAGCAGCUUUUCCUAAGCCCAAGUGGGAGUGUGCUUUGUUUGAUUCUUAUUCUGAGUCAGUGCCAGCAAACCAACAGACACGUGACUUGAAUCGGAUGGAGAAGACAUCUGUUAAAGAUGUGGCUGACUUUCCUGGCCCUGCCCAAGACAUGACUGGUGAUGAUAAACAAGCUUUGAAAAGUGCCAUCAAGGAAGCCUUACCAAAGGACCUAUCUGAGGAUCCAGCAACUUCUAAGGAUUCCAACAGUCUCAAAGGAAGACCAAGAUCCAGAUCUUACUCUAGCACCUCCAUAGAAGAGGCCAUGAAAAGGGGUGAGGACCCACCCACCCCACCACCGCGGCCACAGAAAACCCAUUCCAGAGCCUCCUCCUUGGAUCUGAAUAAAGUCUUCCAGCCCACUGAGCCAGCUACUAAAUCGGGAUUGCUACCUCCACCACCUGCACUCCCUCCAAGACCUUGUCCAUCACAGUCCGAACAAGUGUCUGAUGCCGAGUUACUUCCACAGAUGAACAGAACUCCUUCCCAGGCUGCAGAAAGUAGUCCAGCAAAGAAGGAUGUUCCAUAUUCUCAGCCUCCAUCAAAGCCUAUUCGUAGGAAAUUCAGGCCUGAAAAUCAAUCUACAGAAAAUCAAGAGCCUUCCACUGUUGUAGGUGGGCCAGCUCCUGUAACAACUGUGAAGCCCCAUCCUACAGUUCAAAAGCAGUCUUCCAAACAGAAGAAGGCAAUUCAAACUGCUAUCCGUAAAAAUAAAGAGGCAAAUGCUGUUCUGGCUCGGUUGAACAGUGAACUCCAACAACAACUCAAGGAGGUUCAUCAAGAACGGAUUGCAUUGGAAAACCAAUUGGAACAACUUCGUCCAGUCACUGUGUUGUGACUGCCCCAAAGUUCAAGUGACGGCGUGUGACCUUGUCUGCCAAGAUAUUUCUUUUGAAUGUUUGAGCCAGCCAUUUAUCAUAGAUGUCAGACUGUGUCAAAAGUUGUAAGCAGCAUAACAUAAUCUCUGUCACCUUUUCUCUUCUGCAUUUUACUAUGGUGGAAAAAAAAUCCCAAGUAUCACACUUAAAAUUGUAAUUAUCAGUAGACUUUAUCUCCCAUUCUUAAGUGCUUCAUCAAGGCAUUGGAUGCUGAUCCUUACCAAAAAUCCAUCUUCUAGCAAAUAAUUUAGAACAUGAUUUAUUUAAAGGAUUUAUGAUUUUUACAAAACCUGAUAACCAAGUACCUUCAGGAUGCUAGUUUUAUUUUUGUAUGCAUAUCACACACAGUAGGUUGGUUUACUACAAUUGUUAUUCCAACUGGAUAAUCUUUGGCAUGAUAACAAAACCAAAAACUAAAAGAAAAUGAAAGCAUCAAAUUUAGACUGGCGCUGUGCCCUCCACCACUACAUGCCAAAAAAUUGUUUCUCUAGUGCCAUUUUGAUCUCAUAUCUAGCUAUAAAUAAUACAUGACUAUUGUUCUGUAGUGAAUGUCAAAGACUUAUUGGAUCUUUACACCUCUGUGAAGUAGAGAUUUUGGCAACAAGCUAUUUAACUUGUCCAAUCUAAGCCAUCAACCCAGAAAACACAGUCCUUUCAUGUAAAUUUUGAGCAAGAGCAAUCUACCUUAACUGCCUCAUCUGAUCAACUUAAACAAAUACUUGCCAUAUGUCUACUUUUAUCUUGCAUGGGAUAGCAUAGUUAUAGAUGCAUGAGUUUACAAAUCAUCCAUCAAUAUGAAAAGCUGGGUUGAUAAAUAUAUGUUGUUUGAACCCAGGUAUCCAGAGUAGAAAGGAAAAGGGAAUAUUUGCCAACAAUCUCUGGUAGUUAUUUUCAUCUUAAUUUUAUCUUAAAGUAUGAAUGAAGGCAAGUGAUCCUCACAUUAGCUUUAUGACUUUUGUUCUCUGUGGGAAGUAAGUGGCUUAUGUACGCAGGAGCUCACCUAACUGCUGUAGGUGAUGUAAAGCAGUUCCAAAUGCAGAAUCUAGUAUUCUAUAGAAAUUUAAGUAGCUGCUGCUGCUUUUGAAAGCCCAAGCUGAAAAUGGGAAUUGACUGGCUCUACCAGGUUACAGAAUUAUGGGUCACUCAGCCUCAUCUGGCAUGCCAAAUUUAACAUUGCAUUGUGAGGCUUACAGCAAGACAAACUAACUGUGGUACAUUUGGCUAAUUUACCUAUUCUUUGCAUAGUGGGAUGGAGUAUAGUUAGGGUCCUUUGUGAAAUGAUUUUGAAUGUUUUUACAAGAUGUGAGAUUAAACUAUUGAUAAGAGCUGAGAACUUUUGGAAAAAGCAGAAAUGUAUUUAAUGCUUCCUUAUUCCACUGGAAAGUUCUAUCAAUAGCUGAACAACAGAAGAAAAAGGCUCAAGCAGAUGAUGUU